AUGUCGGGCACCAUGAGAGGUACGCCGAGUCGCGGACAGAAUCGCGGCGGGCGAGAUCCAUUCGGAGGAGCUGCCAGUCCUGCCAAUUCAAAUAUUCCUAGACCAGUUCUCGAUGCUCAUGGUAAUUCUCACCAACCCUCACCGAGCGAUGCCGCCUCCGGAAUUAGCGCAAGUAGACAGAAGCAGAGCAAAAGAGAUGAGGCCAUCCGAAAAAAGUUGGAGAGCGAUCUCUCCAAGAAGAAGCAUCUCACCGGCCGAGCUCGACAUUCGCGCAAAGCCCCACCUGGAACCGUUCUCGCUCUCAAGCCUAGCCCUGCCCUCCAGAUCAAGCCGCUUACCACUGUCGCCGAGGCUGCUCAGCUUAUGGCAGCCAAGAGAGAGGACUGCGUAUUAGUUACAGAUGACGAUGACAGAAUCGCUGGUAUCUUUACGGCUAAAGAUUUGGCUUUCCGAGUAGUCGGCGCCGGUCAAAAAGCCAACAAUGUUACUAUCGCCGAGAUCAUGACCACGAACCCCCUUUGCGCCCGCACCGAUACCAGCGCUACCGAAGCGCUUGACCUCAUGGUUCGCAGAGGUUUUAGACAUUUGCCUGUCAUGGAUGAAAACCAAGACAUCUCGGGUAUCCUCGAUAUUACGAAGUGUUUUUAUGAUGCUAUGGAAAAGCUAGAGCGCGCCUAUGCAUCUUCAACAAAGCUCUAUGCCGCUUUGGAAGGUGUGCAGUCGGAGCUGGGCACUAGCCAGCCCCAGCAGAUCAUCCAGUAUGUCGAGGCUCUGCGCUCCAAAAUGUCCGGGCCAACUCUGGAGAGCGUGCUGAAUGGCACGCCGCCCACGACCGUCAGCGUCAGGACUACCGUAAAGGAGGCUGCAGCAUUGAUGAAGGACAACCGCACCACCGCCGUGUUAGUUCAAGACCAAGGUCAGAUUACGGGUAUCUUCACGAGCAAGGAUGUGGUACUGCGAGUUAUUGCUCCUGGCCUAGACCCUGCGACUUGCAGCGUCGUCCGCGUCAUGACGCCGCACCCUGAUUUCGCUCCUAUGGAUAUGAGCAUCCAAGCCGCUCUCCGAAAGAUGCAUGACGGUCACUACCUCAAUCUUCCGGUUAUGAAUGACCAGGGUGAAAUCGUCGGCAUGGUUGACGUGCUUAAGCUGACCUAUGCGACACUUGAGCAGAUCAACACCAUGGGCACGUCGGGCGACAGCGAAGGCCCUGCAUGGAACAAGUUCUGGCUCUCGCUCGAUAACGAGACGGAGUCGAUGGUUUCUGGAGAUGGCAGCCAUCACCAUGGUGGGACGAUGGUAUCUCGAUCUAUAUUGUCACCGGAUGCUCAGCGUGAACGUAUGAACGAGAUGGUGGCGCCGGGUGAUAGUGCUUCCCAUGUGGGCAUGGAAUCGUCUCCGGUACAUUCCUCGCUCGCUCACCAACAGCCGGGAGAUGCGCCGUUCGCGUUUAAAUUCAAGGCACCAAGUGGCCGUGUCCAUCGGUUGCAGAUCAUCGCGAGCGAGGGAAUCGAACAAUUCGUUGAGAACGUGUUAGGUAAGCUCGGCAGUGAAGUGGAAGCCAUCGGCGGAGCGCCAGUAGUAGAGGAUGGCAGACUGAGUCCUGGUGGUUUCGCUAUGAGCUACUUGGAUGAUGAGGGCGACACAGUCAGCAUCACGACCGAUCAAGAUCUCCUUGAAGCGGUCCUACUAGCGCGACACCAUCAUCGCGAGAAGGUUGAUCUCUUCGUACAUGACCCUGAGAAGCCGCCGGUUGCCGCCACCCAACCCGACGUCUCAGCUAUUACACCGGCUGCGAGCUCGGCUCCCUCGGAUGUUCGUCGCAGACGACAUGUGCAAGAUGACGAUGAGGAGUAUGAGAGCGACGAGGACUAUGCAACGGCUAGGCGUCGUAAGAGAAGCAGUGCAUACAUAGAGCCAGAGCAGGUUAUCGCCGGCGUGCCUAACGAGUUACUGCUCCCCGGUGCCAUCGUCGCCCUAGCAGUGGUCAUCGUUGGCGUUUUCACCAUCUCGAGGGCGACGAGCCGCUUCGUGGAACUACACGAUAUCGCAGCAAUCGUCAUAACCAUGAUUAUAAGAGAUUUAGGUGUUCGUCAUGCCCGCAAGGCACUGGCAACCCCUCUCCGCCAGGCCUACCUCCGCCGCCUCUCCACGGAAGAUACCUCAUCCUCAUCACCAACCGGUAUAACCGGCGUAUCAGACGCCGACCUCGCCGCCGCAGCCGCAGCCUUCGAAAUCAAAGCCCCCCAACCCCCGUCAAUCUUCACAGCCAGCGCCCGCGCCUCCCGCCGGAAGAAACCCAUCGUCUCGGACACCAUCGUCGAAGACUACAAGGUCGCGCAAGAGCUCCGAUCGAAGAUCGGUCGGCUGGGUGCUUACGUGAAACGCACGUACCGACCUAACGAUGUCUUCAAUAACCCGCCUGGCCCGAAGGACGUCACGCUAGAGCUGCUGAUGGCAUCCCAGGCUCACAUGGGCCACCACGCCUCCCUGUGGAACCCCGCGAACGCGCGGUAUAUCUACGGUAUACGCCAAGGCAUUCACAUCAUCUCGCUCGAGCAGACAGCCGCGCAUCUACGACGAGCCGCGCGCGUGGUGGAAGAAGUCGCCUACCACGGGGGUUUGAUCCUCUUCGUCGGCACACGUCAGGGACAAAUGCAGAUCGUGACACAAGCGGCGCGGCUAGCGGGGGCCUGUCAUUUAUUCACGAAGUGGACGCCUGGGUCGAUUACGAACAGUGAGGUUAUUCUCAACGGUCUGGAGAUGCAGAUUCUGGACGAGAACGACGAGCCCGUGGUCGGGUUCGAGAGACAUCUGCAGGACCGCAGGCCGUUGAUCCCGGAUCUGGUGGUGUGUUUGAACCCGUUGGAGAAUUAUGUGCUGCUGCAUGAGUGUGCGCUGGUUAAUGUGCCGACGAUUGGCGUUAUUGAUACGAACACGGAGCCGACGUGGGUUACGUACGGGAUCCCGGCGAAUGAUGAUAGUCUGCGGUGUCUAUCCGUCAUCGGCAGCGUCCUCGGUCGAGCAGGCGAGACAGGUCAGAAGCGGCGUAAACAAGAUGCGAAAAGAGGUAUCGUGUCAUGGACAACGCCGCUCGACGUUGUCAAGUUCAUGCGUGCCGAGGAAAAGUAUGGGAGCGGCAUGAAGGAAACAGAAAAGCCCGCAGUUGAUCCCAUAACUCCUGAAUCUACCCCUUUCUAG